GUUCUCAGUCUUUUCGUUUGUCGUGCUUUUCGACGCUUUAUCGUGGGUCGACAUGGCUUUGCACGCGGCCAUCCAGCGCGACCUCGACCUGGAGGAACAAGUUCUCAAGCGACUACACACCAAGCUCACCGAUCAAUUACAUCGAUUACAAGUCGAAGAGACUGUGCUCGAGCGCAUGGCGAGCGAGCAGUCCUCGCACAUGUCCACCCGAAGCGUUCUCGAUUCCUUGCUGACCAGCGCUGUUUCGACACCCACCCAUUCCGCAUUCGCCGGAUCGACCGCAGCAUCGUUCGGUGGUGGCGGGUACGCGGGGUCGGCCGCGUCGACUCCAGCCUUCAAGGCGCCCUAUCCAUCCUCCCAGCAUCGGUUCUCGCAGCCAUCCACCGCGGCUUCCACUGCGCCCGGCUCGCCCGCUGUCUAUUCUAACAGUCAGAAUGGUCAUAGACCGCUCGUACCACUUUCUCUAGAAACGGGACCGCGGAUACGGCCCUCUGGGAUUUCCGACAUUUCCGAUGCUGCUUCGUCUUCCUUGCUUGCUGCCGACAGCCGUGAUGACUCGAUGAGCGUCGACCCAGACGCCGACGACGACGACGACGACGACGACUUUGACGACGAAGAUGAUGAUCUUGCGCGCGACGCGCUUCGACGAAUUCUCGACACCGAGCUCGGAACCAACUGGGACGAAGAUGGCGACGACGAUGGCGAUCAAGGCGAGGUCUUUGAGGACGAAGACGAUGAGGACAUGAUGUAGUGGGCUGCAUGUCGGGAUUUUGGUGAUGAUUGCAGACCUCCCACAUGUGCCCUCCUUGUACUGUAGAUAUGGAUUGGAAAGAGAAGCUCGUUUUGAUGAA